AAUAUGUAUGAUAACAAUUGUGCCAUAAUAAAAUCAUUGACAGUAAUUUCUUAUAUAUUAUGUAAUUUUAAUAUGGUAUGAUAUACAUAAUCUCGUUUCAAUUGUAGAACGAUAUAAAGACUAUAAUGAAUAAGGUUAUGUUUACAAAUGUCAUAACUUUUAGUAAAUUACUAAAAGUAAAUCAUGAAAUUACAAAAUUUGCAACUAAAUUUCUACAUAUACAAUUUCAAAUUCUCUUUUCAAAAGAAAAUGAAAUGUCUGAGAGUCCAAGAAUGCGUGAAUUUAGAAAAAAAUUAAGAGAACGUACACCUAUAGAAAAAUUGGAGGAACUGGAAGAAGGCAAACAUCCUUAUCAAGAAAAAGAACCAUUGAAACCAUUUCCAAAUGAUACUAAUCCAGAAACAGGUGAAGUAGGAGGUCCACGUGGACCAGAACCAACACGAUAUGGUGAUUGGGAAAGAAAAGGUCGAGUAACAGAUUUCUAAAUAUUUUUUAGUGCAUUGUAUGUACAUGAAAAAUAUAGUUUAUACAAGAUGUACAAUUAAAAACACAUAUAAUUUAGCAAUUUAAAUUAGAAUAAAAAACUUACUGUGUAUAUGUAUAAAGUAUAAAAUAAUAAAUAUUAUAUUUA